UGCAGCUGAUCAUAUGAGACAGAUAACUGUUUGUGAGACAAAAAUCUUGAGAGGACAUACAAAAUUUGGUAACAUAUUGUUACUAUUGGCAAUAAGAAAUUUAAAUUAGACUUAAAAACAUCAAUAAUGGCAGAAUUCAAAGGUGCAGCGAAAACGCUUUAUAUAUGGGCACAAUCAGCGCUCGUUCAAGCUAGUACAGAGAAGUUGAAGGCAGCAACUGGAGGGGAAGUUGUUUUGGAGAAUAUCAAUCGCUUGACGUUUGCCACUUACGGCGAGUCUACAUUUGAUCUAAUUGUGGUUGAAAACGCACAGUUGACAGACGCGUUUGAUAAACUCUUGCGUCUUUUGAAGCCCAACGGAAAGCUGCAUUUGGCCAGUAUUUUCGGUACACCAGAAAUAUUUCAACAAGAGCUAAAACUAUCUGGCUUCAUUAACGUUACCAUCAAUAAGGAAGGUGGCACUUUGACAUGUCAGAAACCGAAUUACGAAACUGGUUCGGCGAUAAAACUGUCAUUCGCCAAGAAAGAUGGUCAAACGGCGUCCGUAUGGAAAGUAAAUGGCGAUGGUGAUGAGGAGCUGAUUGAUGAAGAUGAUCUACUGGAUGAAGAAGACAAGAAGAAGCCAGAUCCGGAAAGCUUGAGAGUUUGCGGCACCACCGGUAAGCGAAAGGCUUGCAAAAAUUGCUCUUGCGGGUUGGCUGAGGAACUGGAAUCCGAAGCAGAGCAGAAGGCUAAGGCAGAUACUGCUAAUGCAAAAUCCAGUUGCGGCAGUUGCUAUUUGGGAGAUGCGUUUCGCUGCUCAACAUGCCCUUAUUUGGGUAUGCCUGCCUUUAAACCUGGCGAGAAAGUUGAAUUGGCUGGUAAUUUACUUAACGAUGAUAUAUAAAGUGCCCAUCACACGCUUUAUACUGCAAUAAACUUAAAUUAAAAAGUAUUUAUAAUCGUA